AUGUUAAAGUCUGGUACAGCAGGUCCAUCCAGCGUUUCCUCCCUUCAGCCAAUGAAGGACUCGAAGGAAAGCUUGUCCAUGUCCGCCCAGGCUGUCCUCGACCACAUUAAGCCAUGCUGGUACUGGGACAAGAAGGAUUUGGUCCACACUCCGUCCCAGGCUGAAGGCUUGGACCCCGGGACAGAGGCACGAUACAGGAGAGAGGGCGCACGCUUCAUUUUUGACGUGGGAACUCGACUUGGCCUACAUUACGACACACUGGCGACUGGUAUCAUAUAUUUUCACAGAUUCUAUAUGUUCCAUUCUUUCAAGCAAUUCCCCCGAUAUGUGACUGGAGCCUGCUGCCUGUUCCUGGCUGGAAAAGUGGAAGAAACCCCCAAAAAGUGCAAAGACAUAAUCCGAACAGCGCGAGAACUGCUGAACCCUGUGCAGUUCGCUCAGUUUGGGGAGGAUGCAAAGGAGGAAGUGAUGGUGUUGGAGAGAAUCCUGCUGCAGACGAUAAAGUUUGACCUGAUGGUUGAGCACCCUUACAUGUUCCUGCUGCGCUAUGUCAAACAGCUCAAAGGCGACAAGAAUAAAGUUUGCAAAGUGCUACAGAUGGCCUGGACAUUUGUCAACGACAGCCUGUGCACCAUGCUGUCGCUGCAGUGGGAGCCGGAGAUCAUCGCCGUGGCGGUCAUGUAUUUGGCCGGACGCCUCUCAAAGUUUGACAUCCAAGAAUGGACCACGAAGCAGCCGUCCCGCCGCUGGUGGGAGCAGUUUGUCCAGGACGUGCCGGUUGAGCUGCUAGAAGACAUUUGCCACCAGAUUCUGGACCUGUACUCUCAUGGGAACAAGCCAAUCCCACAGCAGGUCCAGGAGAGAGAGAAGUCUUCAGCUGCCUUGGCUCCUCCAGCUCCACAGGGACCACCUCCUCCCCCCAACAAUCCCCCUCCACCUCCCCCAAAGAAGACCUCACCACCAGGAGGCAGUCCAGCACGCCAGCUCAAACGCCCACAUGCCUCCCCUAUAGAAGAACCAAAGGCUCCAGAACAAGUUGGAUCAAAAAUUCCCCGACUGGAGAGCCCCAUGCCGCCCCUGCCUUCCCCGCAGCCGCCUCCUCCUCCGGAGCGCAAGGCCCCGGUACCCGCCCCUCCCGCCGACUCAGAGCCAGGGGGUGAAGUGGCUCCUCCUCCCCCGCUGGCCCCGCCCCCUCAACAGCCCCCUCCCCUCCCGCACCGGCCUCCGCCCCCUCCCCCGCCCUCAAGCUACGUCAUGUCCACCACCAGCUCGUACAUGUCCGGCGAGGGCUUCCAGAGCCUGCAGUCCCUGAUGACGACUGACGCGCCCGCAUACCCGCCCCUCCCGCCUGGCUAUGCCCCGCCCAUGCCCCCCUACCACCACGUGUACCCGCCGCCCUCCGCCCCACCCCCUGGACCCCCUCCCUCCUCAUACCCUCCACCGGCGUUCCCUCCCCCGCCGGGCUACAGCAGCUACCCGCCGCCGCCUCCCCGCAUGACCCACGCCCACGUCCCCCCACCUGGGAUAGGCCUCCACCCGCCCGGGUACCCGCCCCCUGUGCCCGGACAGUCCCAGGGCCAUCCGCCGCCGCCAGGGAUGAUGUUGAAUCGCGGCGGUUGGAUGAGAUGA